ACUGCGAUAUUUUAAUCGAUCAUCAUGAUGACCAUCACGUUUAGAUAGGUCAAUAAUAGUUGCUUACUUUACAUGAGUGGAUAAUGCAUUAAGAUUGAUUUUACAUUUACAGACCGGGCAAAACGGAACACGGAGCAAAACGGACCACGGAGCAAAAAGGAAGAAUCUUAAUGACGUCAUCUAUGAUGACAUCAGUAACGAGAAAAGUAAAUAUUGAUACUGCCAUUUAUCUGUUUCAAGUGUUCGUGAAAUGUGAAUUUAGGUGAUCCUUCACUUACUGCUAUAUCGGCAAACACUUGCAAAAUGAUUUUGCUGUCCACAUGAGUAACACCUGGACGUUUCGACCCUGGUCUACGUAUUGUAAUGGCAGCGUGACACAUAAACUCUAAACCAACAUGGGAGCUGGAGCAUCUAGCGGCGGUGGGACUGUGGUUCAAUCCCGCCCAAGAACAUCCCCUGCCACCGGUAAAUCUGUGAUGAAUGGGACAUCAAGUCAAUCGGCACCCCCAAAGUCAGCAGCUAAUCAAAACAUCGAACAGCGAGAAAAGCCCACGACUUCGUCGUCGGGUUCACGGACAACGCAACCCGGGGAUCCCCCAAACUACCAUCGGUCCCAGAUACCACCACCCCGACCGCCAAGAACAUUGAAAAAAGACAUAUUUACGAUAGAGAGAUACAAAGAAGUUGACGACUAUGUUUUAAAUGCACCUCCUAAACUUCUUGUUGGAAAUUUCAACGAAUUAAUUAAGUAUCUUGCAAGAAGUAAUGACCGAUGGGACGAUAUGUGCAAGGUGCGUGCUAUAUUUCUUUGGGUGACGUCAAUUGACGUGUACAACCUAAAGGUUGACGGCGUUCCUCCGACACAUUCACCACUUGAAUAUUUCACAAAGAUACAAUGCAACAUGGGUAACCAUGCCCAUCUUAUAUCAGGAUUAUGCCAGAUGGCUGGUAUACCAUGUGUCAUCAUCAGUGGUAUGAACAAAAGUGCUGCUUAUGAGAUAGGAAGCCGAUGUGACCGUAAAAGUAUGGGAGCCCAAUGGAACGCUGUCUACGUCAAUGACGACUGGCGCUUCCUUGAUGCUUUCUGGGCGUCCGCCUGUGUGGUAGGCAGAAAAUCGGGAGAAUGGACUCUUGUAGACUCAGACGGGAAUGUUACACAGGAGGACGAGGAAUCUUCAGAGGGUACCACUCAACACAGAAUAAACGAGUUCUACUUUCUCCCUGACCCGGAUAAACUUGUAUGGACCCACUUUCCUGAUGAGAUGCAGUGGCAGCUUUUAGACAGUCCCGCCACUCUAAAAGAGUAUGAAGAGCACGUGUACAUCAGAGAACGUUUCCACUACCUGGGUAUGAAACUCAUGCCAAACAGCCACGAUAAAUGUAUGUUAACUUCAAAAGAUGGUGAAAUAGAACUGGUAUUUUCACUACCAGUUAAGCAAAGCGAAAAUUCGCGUUUCAAAUACAUGUUAUAUCAAGGACAAAAAGCGAAAACACAAGAGGAGGAUAUUUUAUUGGACAGAUUUGUGAUGUUUGAGCACACAGCAAAUUUGUUAAGGUUUACGCUCAGGUUUCCUAUUACAGGGAAAUUCAAAAUGGACAUAUUUGGACUCGACAUAACUGAGUCCGAUAUAUUUGACUUGGCAUGUACGUAUGUUAUUCAGUGCAAUGAAGCAAAGAAAAAUUGUUUACCUUUACCGGAUGUGCCACCUAUCGGCUGGGGUCCUGGAGCAAACGCAAAGGAGGCCGGCCUCAAGCCUAUUACGCAUGAUGGCGCUAUCAUUGUCACACAAGACGGUUCUGUGGAAAUUCGGCUAGCAGCUGAAAAGAAUAUCCAGCUUCAUCAAAUGCUAAAACACGCUCUGAUCGACGAGGCUACUUUAAGUAAUUACGCUGUAACAAGGCUUGAGAAUGGGGAAGCUGUUGUAAAUAUCCGUCUACCCCAAGGAGGAGAGUACGCCCUGAAAUUGUACGCAGACGACGCUGGCAAAGAGGGAGUCGCUCCGAACGUUUUGAAUUACUUGAUAAAAAGUGAGGGUAAAAAUGUCAACAAUUUGCCGUUCCCGAAUGUGAGUGACGGAUCACUUGGACAAAAACCGGCAGCAGAAGCUUUGGGCGCUAAAGCAUUGAGUCAUAAAGGUGGACGUUUGACCGCUAUAAAUGGCAGAUUAAGGCUGGAAUUCCAAGCAAGAAGCGGAUUACAAAUGAUGACAGAGUUACAUAGUAGCGAUGAGUUAGCUUGUAAGAGAAUGCUAGUUUCAUCAAAGGAAGAAAACGGCAAGUGGGUAUUUGACCUUGAUAUGCCAGAAGUAGGCGAAUAUUCACUGAAUGUGUUUGCCUGCUCUAAGAAUAGCUCAGACAGAAUAUACAAUAUUCAUUCUUAUCUUGUGGAUUCAGAAGGUCGUAAACUGGACGCAAAUGAACUUGACACAAGGCAGCAAAACAAGCACGUGCAAACUCACGUGCCUAUUGAAACUGUUCAGACCUCUGAUAAUGAAGUUUUAAUACCUAUACCGCCUGGUUUUGAUGACGUUUGUGCGUCACUACAUAGAAGAAAUGCAAACGACCCACCGAACGCUCACCAGGUAGAUAUUAUUGAACAGGAUGGUAUUCAACUGAUCCGAGCAAGACUUCCGGAGUUUGGUGAAUAUCAGAUGAACCUGUACGACAGAGAAAAGAAAACUAUCCUGCGAAAUAUUGCCAAGUAUCAGAUUAAUAGGCGUCCGCCAGGAGAGUUGUAUGAAGACAACACGAAGAUGUUAAUGCAGAAUCUUGGAGCUCAACAACCUAUCAUGGAGGAGGAGGAAGAAGAUUUCACUCAAGAUAAAUCUGAUAACAAUGAGACGGAUGAAGACAAGAAGAGGAGAUUAGAAGAGGAGCAACGGCGUGCGACCAGACGUCAAAUACAGAAGGCUAUUGACAUGAAGGACCCAGAGAUGUUAGAACGUUACAUACAAGCAUACGAGAAACUAAACCCGCCGUAUGAUGACGAGGCUCUGCUUAAAGCUAGAAAGACGCUUGCUGCACUAGAUGCUAAAGAAGAUGACCAGCAACUGCCUGAGACCACCACAGAACAAACACAGGAGGCUGUUGACAUGGAAGAACCGGAGAUUUUAGAACCUGACAUACAAGAAGACGAGAACCCGCCAGAUAAUGAAGAGAAUAACGAGGAACUGCGUAAAGCCAGAGAGGCGAUGAAGGCACAAAAAGAAGAGGAGAAACGGCGUGCGACCGCCAGAGAGAAAUUGCAGAAUGCUAUUGACAAGAAGGACCCGGAGAUGAUAAAACGUAACAUGGAAGCAUACUCGAAACUUAACCCGCCAGAUGAUGACGGGAUUCUGCUUGAUGCAAGGAAAACACUUGAUGUACUAGAUGCUAAAGAAGAACUCAAUAAAGCGUUUGAAAUACGUGAGCUGAAUGUGAUGAGAAAAGCUUUUGCACGUGCAGAAGAAGUUAAUUUCGACAAUCGUCUGGAUACACAACUAGGCCUGGGACAUAAACUCAUAGUACAGCUAGAAAUGUUAGAGAAGCUGAGACAUGCUGUGCUCAACUUAGACAGCAAGACAAUCGCUGAGAUCAAAUCGUUUCCCCACCCGCCAGAAGGCGUUCAUCAAACAAUGAUGGCAACUUUUUUAUUGCUCGGAAACACUCCUAAAGAAGUUGCGGAAUGGCGCACAUGUCAAACGCUGAUGAAUAAGACUGGACGUGAAUCUUUAAUGCGGCGUAUAAAAUUGUUUGAAACCAAAAACUGUAGUAAAGAUGUGGCACAAGCUGCCAAACGUCCGAUAGAGGAUUAUUCAAUGUUACAGAUUCGUGACGUCAGUGCUGGGGCUGCUGCAUUUUUUGGAUGGGCAAAGGGUAUGAUAGAAGAUAUAGAAUCUACCAUCGAGAUGGGGUCGGUCAUCAUUAGCAAACCGCCGAAAAAACAAGAACAAAAACAACAAGGAAAAGAACCAAAAGAAAAAAAACCAAAAGCCGGUAAGAAAAAGAAAAAGAAAAAAUAGGCAGUUGAAUAUCAUGUGCGGUCUUUAGUACUUUAAUUAUGUUUUGUUUAUCUAUCGAGGUCAUAUUAAUCUACAGCAGAGAUGAUAACGGUUGAUGUCAGGGCUUUACAUUUUCUACACUCAAAACAAUUGUGUUCAAUUUUAUUUUGUCAGUUUUGCUGCACAAAACAAACAGCACAAUACUUGUAGGUAUGUUGUUUAUGUUUGUCUAAGACUAUUACAAUAUGAAUGGUGUAUAAAACUAUUAUAAUGUAUGCAUCUUGUCCGUAACACAAUACAUUGUAUUAUAGCCUAUUGUAAAUAUGAAUAAAAUAUUUAAGGAAACACAAAUAUUGUUAUGUAAGCUUAACUUGUCAACUUUCAACAAUGUUAAUGUUUAUUACGUACAGCUAGCAGAUCAAUAUACUACCAGUGAAGAAUUGGAAUUUAGCAAUGCAGAUCGUUCAGAUCACAUUCCAUUUUGUAUAUAUACAUUUUCAAGUAUAUAUUGCCUUUGAGCUACCAAAUAUUUUCUUGAAAAAAAGUUUAUAAAAGUAUUGGUUAGGUCAUCAAAAGUAUAGUUCCAAAGUAUUGAUAAAUCAUUCAUCCAAAUAGGAAGUUUCCUUCAUUAUUGAGGUAAUUGGCGUAUUAGUCUAUCAAAAUCAACUGACAAGUUCUAUAUCGGUUACAGAUGCGACUUUAUGUCUAUGAUAACGAAUGUUUACAUAUAUGCUUGAAAAUGAUGUUUGGUAACUAGUGACAAUUUUGGAUUACUUAAGGCAUUCUUUACUGAUCAUUUUAAUAUAAAACAUCCGAUUCAUAAAUUGUUUCAGCAAUUGUUUGUGUUUUCUUGUUUAAGUUGAUGUGAAUGUGACAUUUUUUCUGAAAUCAUUUAUAUAAAUGAAAACAAUUAUUUAGUCGUAUUGUCAUUUUUAUUCAUACUUUGUUACUUCUUUAAUUCUGUUUUUACUAAGAUGUCUGUAGUUAAUAAAAUUAGUUACAAA